GCCUAGAGGACUCUUGCCAUUCAGUUAGUCAAAGGCAAAAUGUUGAAGAAAACAGUGGCAGUUCUGUUCCUUCUCGCCAGCGUUGGUCUGGGAUUAUCCUACGAAAAAUACGCUACUGGAUUUAAAAAUGGAAAUCCAAACAACUGGCCCAUGGACUCGAGCCCCUUCAUCAAGAUCCACGAAGGGUACUAUUACUUUGGACCCGAUGCGGUGAACUGGUACAUCGCCUACGAGAACUGCCGCAAGUUGGGAUCCGAACUGGUAGCCUUCGAAACUAACGAGGAGUUCGAUGCUGUUAUUGGGUAUCUUAAUAGCAACCUACCACGCGGCAAAUACUGGACGUCCGGCAACGAUCUGGGGAAGACUGGAGCCCACAAUUGGUUUAGCAGUGCUCAGCGCAUAAGUAUAAAUCGAUGGGCCCCUGGGCAACCCGACAACUAUAAGGGAGUGGAGCAUUGCAUACAGUUUGGCUACAUAUACGGAAACUCAAAUAACUACCAACUGGACGACAAUCCCUGCGGCGCGCUAAAGAAUUAUGUUUGUGAGGCUCCAAAGCAGGAAACUAUAUCGAUUGUUGUUUGGAAAUAAGGACCCUUUUUUACUAAUCAACAUCCAAAAAAUUAAAACUAGUUCUCACCACUUUAAGUGGUAGAUUAAGUUUCGUAAAAAAUUUAAAAAUUAUUUCAGAUUCAGACCUUGCGAAUCGACCGCAAAGUUUGCUUUAAAAUUACGCAUACGACAUGUGUUCCAGCCAGAAAAUACUUCGAAUAAAUCGAUUUCCCCUUCCCAACCAUGUCAACUUUCUAAACUAAGUCAAUAUUAGUAAAAUAUUGACCAAUCCGAAAUGUUUUUCAAAGUAGUUCGGAAAGAAGACAAACGAAUUUAGGAAAUAAAACCAAAUCAAA